AUGGUUCGCGACAACAUGGACUUGCAAGAGCGCGUGUCGUACAUCCAAUCGUUCACCAAGCCCGCCGGCGACAAAGACGACGACUUUGCUGCGGUCAAGACGCCGGGCGAGCUCGAAGACGGCGCCCUCGUCGCGGGCGGGGCCUUGGACCUCUUCUCCCGACAAGCGUUUGGCAUUUUCUCCAACUACGCCGCCAUCGGAGUCAUCUUGGGCAUGAUCCCACGUCGGCGUACAGCUCGCUCGUGA